AUGGCUCCGUGGCUGCUGUGGCUGCUGCUGGUGACCGGCGCGGGGGGCAGCGGGGAUGUGCCCCCGGUUCCCCGGGCGGUACCGGAGCCCCGGGCUGGUACCGGGAUCCCCCCGGGCGGGUACCGGGAUCCCCCCGGGCGGUACCGGGAUCCCCCCGGGCUGGUACCGGGAUCCCCCCGGGCCGUGUCGGACGCGGAGCUCCGGCAGCUCUCGGAGCAGCUGCUCGCCGCAGAUUCCAACCGGGCCGGGCCGGGACAGCUCGAGCUGAACCUGAAGGGGUCGGGGAGCGACACCCGCGGGCCUCGAGGUGGAGGGAGAGGGCUGGGGGGUGAGGGGCUGUUUUCCUACGUGUCCCCGGAGCUGCUGGCCCGUCCCACCUUCUCCCGGCUCCUGGCGCUCCUGGAUAAUUACGAGCCGCGCACGGGCCGGGACGAGGUGGAGACGGCGGAGGAGCAGCGGGAGCAGCAGGAAUUCCUGGAAGCCGCCCUGGACACUCCGGUCCUGGCACUGCUGGAGCGCUUCGUCCUUAGCAAGGGGCUGUACCCCUCGGCUGAGGCGUUCCGGGCCGAUCUCCACUCCAUGUGGUUUGGGCUCUACUCGCGCUCCAGUGGGAAAGCGCUGGAUUCCUCUGGCUUCGAGCACGUGUUCCAUGUGGACGGACUUCCCGGACGUGCUGUCGCUGCAGUUCCGCUGGGACGGGUACUCCAAACCCCGGGGGUCGCUCCUGGUGGGCUCCAGCCCCGAGUUCGACCCUGGCUCUGUUCACCCUCUGCUUCCUGGCACGCCCCGACCGCCAGUGCCACAUCAGCCUGGGGGGUGAAGCCGCCCACCAUCCAGACCUACACCUGGGAAAAGCAGCGCCUCGUGGCCUCUGCGUACCCCCUCACCCCCUGA